GUCGCGGCCAGAUUAAGUGGGCAGCGGUCUCGGUGUAUAGCAACAGAAAAGCCCAUCAUCUCCUACAACGGCACGGCUUGUGUGAGGGACUUUGUCGCCCUAGAGUCUUGUUGUAAGGUGGUCCGGCCCAGACUUGUUGUAAGCGGUUUACGCCAACACACACCCAGUGAGGAGGAUGGCGGUGAAUGUCUAUUCCACCUCUAUGACUAAUGAGAACCUGAGUCGCCAUGACAUGUUGGCGUGGGUCAACGACUCGUUACAGCUCACCUACACUAAGAUUGAGCAACUUUGUUCAGGUGCUGCAUACUGCCAGUUCAUGGACAUGCUGUUUCCAGGGUGCAUUUUGUUGAAGAAAGUCAAAUUUAAUGCCAAACUGGAACAUGAGUACAUCCACAAUUUCAAGGUCUUACAGGCUUCAUUUAAGAGGAUGUCUGUGGACAAGAUCAUUCCCGUGGAGAGGCUGGUCAAAGGCAAGUUCCAGGACAACUUUGAGUUCCUCCAAUGGUUUAAGAAGUUUUUUGACGCCAACUACGACGGCAAAGAAUACGACCCUCUACUUUUACGACAGAGCCUGGAGGGAACGCCGCCACCGCCCAAUUCUGGUGAACCCAUUGUCCACAAAGCUAAAAGACCUGCUCGCUCAGGUCCCAUCAGAACAUCUCCCACAGGACCUAAGAGUGUCCCCCCUCCUCAAAGGCAGAUCAAUGCACCAGCAGCCCGUAGGAACCCUGCCGUGACCCGCAAUGGAGGAGACUCUGAGCUCAUGGAGCUUAACCAGCAGCUGCUGGAUAUGAAACUAACCUUGGACGGACUUGAAAAGGAGAGGGACUUCUACUUUGGAAAGCUGAGAGACAUUGAACUCAUCUGCCAGGAAAGAGAAAGUGAAAGCAACCCAGUCCUGAACAAGAUCUUGGACAUACUGUAUGCUACAGAGGAGGGCUUUGCACCACCAGAGGAUGAUGAUGUCGAUGAAGGAGCACCGGGAGAUCAGGACGAGUUCUGAGCUUCUCCCCCGCCCGCAACUAAUUUAACCGUCAUCACCAUAACCACAUAAAGUGUGUAUUUUACACCCCCGCCCCCCAUCAUUUUUAAUUCUUUUUUUGUUUUUUUAUACGAGGUCCCCCUUAACUCCUCCCUGUCAUUUGGAUUACAGCUCUUUUAUUAUCACGCCACGUUAAAAAGUCUAGCGUGCAAAAAAAACAACAACAUUAGACCAGCAAACACGGCCGUUUGUACCAAGUCUGGUGGCAGCUGUGUUUCGCCUGCAAGACCGGCACACGUUUUCAGAGCAAUGAGAUUACAGCACUGACAGCCCGGAGCCGACAGCGUGUCUGAAGAUGCAGGUUGCUUUCUUUUCACCGUGCACUUUAACUGGCGUCAUUACUGCAGAGCCUGCACGCUUUCUGUACAAAAGUUGCUAAGGUGGUCAUUUCGCGAGGUGAGAUUACACGGUAAGUGAGGCUCAUGCAUAUGUAUUUGCACAGCGGCACGUGAACGGGAGCCUGCAGACAUAUCAGAGACCGGCUCGCUUGUACAGGUUGUCAUGUCAAGUAAGCCUUUAUUCAUCAAAAUAUCCAGUCAAUACAUUCUACAGCUUGUUUAUGAGACAUGAUGUAUUUAUGACUUUAUUUAUUUUUCUUUUUUUAUAAAUCAGCUUAAUCACUUUCGGGGGAGGGGGGGAAAAAGUGGUUGGAUUGAAAGUCUUGCACUAAAUGUAGCGAAAGAAACCCUGUCAUGUGAUCCGAAAUGCCAACCAGCAGUGAUUGGCUGCAGCCAGAAACAUAGAAAAAAUGCAAUUUUAUAUUCUUUUUGUUGUUGUUUUUAAUCUGCAUUGAAUACCUUUAAAAAAAAAGAGGCCAAUUCAGAGUUGUCAUUGUUGUCAUGAAUUUAUUUAAUAGACAAAUGUUAGCUUUUAAUUUUAUUAAUGAAGACAAAAUGCACAGCGAGUGAAAGAAACUAAAUUACUAAUGUUUGACUAGCGAUUUUAGCUGCUAUUUGUUUUGUUAUUUAAUUUGAGUUUUCAUGUACUGCAUAGCACUAAAAUGCCACAUUGUGGUGUGUUGACACUGACAGCCUGGCAGAGUGGUCGAAAUUAGUUGGACCUUCUUUUGGACUUACUGUUGGAAUGAAAUAAAGCUCUGAGGUUCAAGA